AACACCUGCUCCGGGCCUAAGGAACUUACCUUUUACCAUCCACCAUUCACUUUAGUAAGCAAACGUUACAGUUAGCUAGAUUGUAGUUUAAUACGAGAAGGAGGUUUUUGAGUUCUAUUGCUAGGUUCUCUUUGCUUUCUUGAACUUCAAUUGGUGGUUUUGAAAACCCAAGACAACACUGCGUUUAAAUACAUUCUUUUUCAGAUUUAUUCUAUUUUCUCGCUCUUACGAUCAUGCAACUUCAACAAUCUUUCCUCUACUUUUUACUUACCUGUGCAGCUUCUGCUCAGUUUAUGGGUAAAAUAAAUUAUGAACAAGCUGGCGGGGAUUUCGCAAUUGUUGAUGAAAGGAUCGGUGAAACUCAUGCCUCUGAAGCUGUAAGACCCGAGAAUGGGAAUUCUUUAAAUCCUGUUCAUGUCCCGUCUACGGAAGGAAUCAACCAUCCUUCGGUAAAAGACAAGAUGGGAGGUAUGUUCCGCCCGGCUUUGGACUUCAUUCGGGACAUGGCUGAUCGCGUCGACGACAUUUUUGAAGAUGUCGAAGACGAUUUGGAUGAAAUGGUAGAUUCUAUCAAACAUAAGGACAUUAAAAACAAGAAAAAACCUUGCCCUUGCAAAGACCGUAAAGCAAAUGGCAUGGAUUCCAAAGAUAAACAUAUGAAGGAGGACGAUGAGGCUUUCUUUUCAAAAUAUCCUGAAGAAAAGCAAGAGGAUCGUGAUCAGAAGAGGAAGCAUAAGAAACCUCUUCAUAAGAAAAAGAAGAUGGGUCAUUCCUCUUCUCCUGAACAGACCGAAGGUGUUAAUAAGAAGCAUCAUAAAUCCAAAGAGGAGAAGAAUGACUCUAAAAAGGAAGAGGAUGAAUUCGAUGGCAUCCAACGCGAUAUCCUCAUCUUAGAAGCCUUUGGUGAACUUAUGCAAAAUGGCAAUGUUGAUAACAUCUCUGAGGAGUUUGCUAGCUUCUUAGAAGCCCUUGACAUUGAAUAUUUUGGUAAUAUGCCUGUUCACAUAGCAAAGGAAGUACCAGAAGAGCAAAAGAAGACUUCCUUCAAGGAAGACGGUAUCUGGAAUUUGAAUGAUCUUACACCUGAGCAAUUUGCUUACCUCGAAAUGCUUAAGGCUGCCAACAUCGAUCCUGAAACUGCAUUUGAACAUUCUCCUUCCGAAUCUCAUAAUUCCAAGGGAAACAAGGAGAAGGAAGGUGUCUACUUUAUCGAGCAGGAAAAUGGUGAGCAUGUAAAAAUGAAGGCUUUCCCAGACCAUACGUUACGUAUUAAGAAGUCAAACCCCGAAUCUCUUGGUAUUGACACUGUCAAACAAGAAACCGGUUACCUUGAUGUCGAUGAUGACAGACAUCUAUUCUUUUGGUUCUUUGAGUCGCGCAACGAUCCUGUAAACGACCCGGUGGUUCUAUGGUUGAAUGGUGGCCCAGGCUGUUCUUCUAUGACUGGUUUAUUUUUGGAAUUAGGGCCUUCUCGCAUCAAUGUUGAAACGCUGAAGCCCGAAUAUAAUCCUCAUAGCUGGAACUCCAAUGCUUCCGUUAUCUUCCUCGAUCAGCCUGUCGGUGCUGGUUUUAGCAAUGGUGAUGGAUCUGUUCUGGACACAAUUACUGCCGGUAAAGAUGUGUAUGCCUUCUUAACCUUGUUCUUUGCCAAGUUCCCCCAAUAUGCUCAUCUUCCAUUUCAUAUCACUGGUGAAUCUUAUGCUGGUCACUACAUUCCUCAAUUCGCGAAAGAAAUUAUCGAACAUAACCAAGGUGCUAAUGACUUUGUUGCUACCGGCUAUGAACACCUUAAAUCCUUCAUCAACUUGAAGAGUGUUGCAAUUGGUAAUGGUCUUACUGAUCCUCUUGUCCAAUACUACUAUUAUGGAAAAAUGGCCUGUGAAAGCCCAUACGGCCCAAUCAUGCCUCAGGAGCAGUGCGACCGUUUGACUGAUGCUUACGGUACUUGCUCGAAGUUGACUGCCGCUUGCUAUCAAACCGGUUUCACACCCAUCUGCGUUGGUGCUUCUCUCUACUGCAACAACGCUAUGAUGGGUCCUUUCCAACAGACUGGUUUGAACGUCUAUGACAUCCGUGAACAAUGCCGUGACCCUGAAAGCUUGUGCUAUCCCGAAGUUACAGCUAUUGAAAAGUACUUGAAUCAAGAAGAAGUUAUUGAAGCUCUUGGUGUUGAACAAGGUUUCAAGGGUUGCAAUACUCAAGUUAACAUCGGCUUCUUGUUUAAGGGUGACUGGAUGCGUAAGACAUUCCGUGAUGAUGUUACUGUAAUUUUGGAAGCUGGCCUGCCUGUUCUUAUCUAUGCUGGUGAUGCUGACUACAUCUGCAACUAUAUGGGUAAUGAAGCCUGGACUGAUGCUUUGGAAUGGAGUGGACAUAGAGAAUUCUAUGAGUCUAACUUGGUUCCUUGGAGCCCUGCUGGGUCUGAAGCUGGCCGUGGUAAGACCUACAAGAACUUUUCUUACCUCCGUAUAUAUGAAGCUGGUCACAUGGUACCUUUCAACCAGCCUGAGGUUAGUCUCGAGAUGUUGAACCAAUGGUUAGAUGGUCGUCUUCAUUUUUCUGCUUAAGUUUGAUAUGAAGUUAUGUUGUACACUGCAAUAAUCAUCUAAUUUUUCCGAUAUGUUCGUGAUGAUUGUUUUAUAUUUGCUUUAAUGUCUGUAAUUUUUCUAAUUACGUUUAAUGAAUGCUAUUGCUUUUGUCAUCAUUAAGUUAAUCAUUUGCUUUAGUAAAUUGAAUCUACUAAAAAUACGAAAAACGAAAAUAGGUAGCAAAUAGAUGUUCCAGUAAAGCAAUAUAAAACAAUUAGCUACGUUACAUGAAGCGAUUGGAAGGCGCUGAUUGAAUAAAGUAAGGGCAUAAUAAGAUUCAUUUCAUUAUAUUGUUCAAAAUCAGCAUAAAAUAAACAUUCAGAAAAUUAAAUCAGAAGAGCAAUGUCACUUGCAGCAAAUCAAGGGAAUAGUUAAUCAAUCACAAUCGUCUAAAGAUAUAGUAAUGGUCUACUGGAUUCUUCUCCAGCUUCGGUGAGAGCAUCUAUGUCUGCUUGUUCAAGCUUUACCGUCUUGUAAGUCAGAUAGUCCUUCAUGCGUUCUACUUUGGAUGUAGUGGUAACGGGGGCAACACCUUGGCUACUGGACCAAGCUAACAGUAUCAAAGAAUCGGAAACAUUGUAUUUCUCGGCAAGGGACUUGGCAAGUUUGCUAACUGGUCCUUCAGGUUCCUUUGUAAGGGGACGAAGAGAACUGUAGCCUUCGACAAGAAUAUUCUUGCUUCUACAGUAAUCAAGGAGAGACUUUGAGCGUGUGAAAACCUGAGGAUGGAAUUCUAUUUGAUUGACGCGCGGGGGUAUCUUGGCAGUCUCCAUUAAUUUCUCCAGAUCCUCUACGUAGAAAUUUGAAACACCAAUAGCAUGAAGUCGGCCUUGACCAAGUUCAGUUUCCAUUGCUUCCCAGCCCUUCGAGAGGGGAAUCUUUUUCUCAUAAAAGAACCUGGGAGCAUGAAGCAAGUAAAGAUCUAGGUAGUCAAGUCCAAGUUUCUUGAGAGAAGUGCUCAAGGCCGCUGGAAUAUCUUCAAUACCGCGCGAAACCUUUGACGUAAUGAAUAAUUUUUCGCGUGGUACUUUGAGAUCUUUAAGGGCAGCACCGACUUCUUCCUCAUUUCCGUAAAUCUCAGCGCAGUCAAUAUGAGUAAAUCCAUUUUCGAUAGCCUUUUUCACGGAAUCUACAGUUUCUGUCUGAAAUUUAGAGUUAUCCUUUUUGUAUAAUGCCGUACCCACACCAUAGGCGGGAAACGGAAUGUUAGGACCCAAAGCAGCAAUCAACAUUUUCCGUCGGUUAAUUCACACUUGAACAGAGAAAAAAAAGGGAAGAAAAUGAAACUCGUAAAAAUGGUCAAUCGUCUUUCAAAAGAAGUUAUUAUAAAUCCACACUCGUGUAUUAAACUAAGGUGAAGCUGACUCGAAUUAGUUUAAUGUUUGUUAAUCUCUCUAACAAACAACAGAAAAGUAUAUAGAAUCCAAAAACAAUGCUCUUCCUACAGUAUGGUUCUUGUCAGAAGAACGAAACCGUCUUCUGCAAGUUAAACAUCAAAGCUGAUGUCAUCUCUAUGUGAUAAGAACCCAUUGACGUGAACAAUUUGUGAGCUGUUGAUUGUUUCUAUGAUAUUAAAUAACAGGAUGCUAUUCCUAAAUGCAUUGCACACAUACUCUACCUGAAUUUUACUUUUAUUUCAUUCAAGCUCUUUUCUACUUUUAGAAAAUAAACCAUUUAAAGUUGGUAUAGUAAUGUAUUAUUUGCUAAGGAAGCAUCAAACGGAAGGGUGUCCGAGUGGUUAUGGAGCUAGUUUAAGGCACUAGUGCGAAAGCUCGUGGGUUCGAGUCCCACCCCUUUCAGUAUCUUUUUUGAUUGUUUUUUGAAGCUCUUAUUUUUGCAGAAUCGUGGCCACAGUAAAUCCUUCAAAGUUCACUGCUAGCCACGUAGACUAGCAAGAAGAAGAAGGUAAAUAUUGUUUAUAGAUGAUUUCGUUUUUUUAACAAUGGUAUUCCUCUUUAGGUUGCGUUACUUACGGUUACAAUACAACUACUCGUCUUUUGUGAAUUAAUACGGUUAAUGAAUAUUAUUCUUUUAAUAUACUUACUGAGGAAGAACCUGAUAAACUUCAUACAAUAACUCAAUCAAUAAUAAUAAGGACAAAAACAAAAACAGGAGGGUUUCGCAGACCUUGCUCAGGAAGGAUUUUUAAAAAUCAAUGCUCUCACCCGCGGAAACCGUAAAUAGAACACUAAGAAUAAUUUAAUUAGGCCACCAGGCGGUAGUAAAACGUACAAAAAGAGGGAAUCAAUGAAUAACGAAAAGCUGUUUUGAUUGGUAAAAUAAUGACAUAGGAAAAUAAUCCACCCGGCGAUUAUCAUACAAGAUAAUAAGUCAUUACUGU